AGAAGAAGAAGAAGAAGAAGAAGAAGAAGAAGAAGAAGAAGAAGAAGAAGAAGAAGAAGAAGUGUCCAUCAUGUCGUCCUUCAUCCCGGAACUGGGUCUGUCUCCCCCCCUGUGUGGACCGUCCUUUCCCCAGCAGGAGGCCCCUUCUCUGGGCAUCGACCCCCUUGACUUCAGCCUGUACAGCCCCCCCUCUCCUCCAGAGUCAUCAUGGCUCCCCGAUUGCAACAGCCAUAGCCACAGCUUCAGCAGCCCCCACACGGGGCCCCUCCCGGGGGCCGCGGCCCCUCCAGGACCCUUCCCAGGGUUUGGAAGCUUCCUGCCCCACCUCUACAGCCUCUAUCGGCCCAUGUCCUCCAUCAACCCCUGGCUGUCCCUGUCCUGCCCGGACGACGUCCUGCGCCUGGUCCGCCCCCCCUACUCCUACUCGGCCCUCAUCGCCCUGGCGAUCCAGAGCGCCCCGGAGCAGCGGCUGACCCUCAGUCAGAUCUACCAGUACGUCUCCGACAACUUCCCCUUCUACAGCCGCAACAAGGCCGGCUGGCAGAACUCCAUCCGCCACAACCUGUCGCUCAACGACUGCUUCCGGAAGGUUCCACGAGACGAGAACGAGCCAGGUAAAGGAAACUAUUGGACUCUGGACCCAAACUGUGAGAAAAUGUUUGACAACGGAAACUUCCGUCGUAAGAGGAAGAGGAAGAUGGAACAUGAGAUGUCUGAGAAGAAGAAACCCUCCUCCUCCUCCUCCUCCUCCUCUUCCUCCUCCUCCUCCUCCUACACCUCCUCCUCCUGCUCUUCCUCCUCUUCCUCGGAGCUGAGCCCUGACUUCCCCUCUCUCUCUGACGUCACCUCCGACCUCGACAACUUCCUGUGUCACCUCCAGGACUCAUCCCUCUACCCCCCCCCUCACAUGCAAGCCCCAGACCACGGCUCCCCCCCCCCUCCUCUUCCUCAGGGUUACGCUGCCGUGGUUCCUCAGUGGGACGACGCCCCCUCUCCUUCCCUCUUCUCCUCCCUCCAUCACUCUCCCCCUCCUCCUCCUCUCUUCCAGUUCAUCCCCUCACACUUCUCCUCCCCCCUCGUUGAUCCACUGGAUGGCGCCCCCCCGCCGCUCUACGUCAACCUGCAGCCGGCGGCCUGUCCUGUGCCAGAGCUCCAGGGGCCUCAGCAGCUCCAGGGACCCCCAUGUGAGCAUCUGUUCUCUGGAGGCUUCUCUGAUGCGCUGCCCCUCGACUCUCAGGUGUUUACACUGUAAAAAUGUGUCUGAAUGUUUAUAAUUAUCUUUUCUAAUAUUUAAUUUGUGCCAA